CCUUGGGACCCGUUCCCCAGCCUCAGGAUGGCGUCCUCCCUGCUCGAGGAGGAAGUCCACUAUGGCUCCAGUCCCCUGGCCAUGCUGACAGCAGCGUGCAGCAAAUUCGGUGGCUCCAGCCCUCUUCGGGACUCAACAACACUGGGCAAAGCAGGCACAAAGAAGCCAUACUCUGUGGGCAGUGACCUUUCAGCCCCCAAAACCAUGGGGGAUGCCUACCCAGCCCCCUUUUCAAGUACCAAUGGCCUCCUCUCACCUGCAGGCAGUCCUCCAGCACCCACCUCAGGCUAUGCCAAUGACUACCCUCCUUUUUCCCACUCAUUCCCUGGACCCACGGGCACCCAGGACCCUGGGCUACUAGUGCCCAAGGGGCACAGCUCUUCUGACUGCCUGCCCAGUGUUUAUACUUCUCUGGACAUGGCACACCCCUACGGCUCCUGGUACAAGGCGGGCAUCCAUGCAGGCAUUUCACCAGGCCCAGGCAAUGCUCCUACUCCUUGGUGGGACAUGCACCCUGGAGGCAACUGGCUAGGUGGUGGGCAGGGCCAGGGUGAUGGGCUGCAAGGGACACUGCCCACAGGCCCUGCGCAGCCUCCACUGAACCCCCAGCUGCCUACCUACCCAUCCGACUUUGCUCCGCUUAAUCCAGCUCCCUACCCAGCUCCCCACCUCCUGCAACCAGGGCCCCAGCAUGUUCUGCCCCAAGAUGUCUAUAAACCCAAGGCAGUGGGCAAUAGUGGGCAGCUGGAGGGGAGCGGUGGAGCCAAACCCCCACGGGGCACAGGCACCGGGGGCGGUGGUGGAUAUGGGGGCAGUGGGGCAGGGCGCUCCUCCUGCGACUGCCCCAAUUGCCAGGAGCUGGAGCGACUGGGGGCAGCAGCAGCUGGGCUGCGGAAGAAGCCCAUUCACAGCUGCCACAUCCCUGGUUGCGGCAAGGUGUACGGCAAGGCCUCACACUUGAAGGCCCACUUGCGAUGGCACACGGGUGAGAGGCCCUUCGUCUGCAACUGGCUCUUCUGCGGCAAGAGGUUCACUCGUUCCGACGAGUUGGAGCGCCACGUGCGCACUCACACCCGGGAGAAGAAGUUCACCUGCCUGCUCUGCUCGAAGCGCUUUACCCGGAGCGAUCACCUGAGCAAACACCAGCGCACCCACGGAGAGCCAGGCCCUGGCCCCCCACCCAGUGGCCCCAAGGAGCUGGGGGAGGGCCGCAGCGCAGGGGAAGAGGAGGCCAGUCAGACGCCCCGUCCUUCAGCCUCACCGGCACCCCCAGAGAAAGCCCCUGGAGGCAGCCCUGAGCAGAGCAACCUGCUGGAGAUCUGAGCUAGGUGGAGGGUCUCCAGCCCCAGGG